AUGACCUCAUCGGCCGAGGGCCAAUCAGGAGGCGCUCCCCGUCAGGAGGGGUGCACGGCAGAGGAAGGGGAGAGCAAAGGACAGCAGGUAGGGGGCGCUGCCUUUCAUGCCAGAAGGGACCAUGCAAAACAGCAGCCCAGGCUGGGAGGAGAUUCCAAGAUGCUCCUGGAGCCGUUGGUGAAACCCUGCUGUGUGCAAGGAGCUGGGGACGCCGUCCUCCGUGCCAACAUGCCUCCUCACCUUGAAAGGUUCUGGAACGCCCUUCUCCUCCUGGCCGUUCUCCACUUCCUCCUCCAGAUGGCCGUCUAUGUCUCCUGCCUCUUCCUGGUCCUGCCCAUGAGUUUUGUGGUCUCCAACGUGAUCUGCGGGGCAAACACCAUCAUGUCGGCCACCUCCAGUGAGACGGUGUUAGCGGAACGCCAGCAGAGCCAAGGGGCUGGAGAAGGAACUCAAGAGGAGGAGCUCUGUUGCCCCCAGGGGGGGAUGGAGGAACUGGUGCUCUCCUUGGCCACCGCCUACUUCCUGCUCCGCGCUGGGCUGGUCUUCUGCAACCUCGUCUUCGUCCUCCCCUUGCUCUUCUUCCUUAACGCACCCAGCUCCCACUGA